CUGGUUGAGGCUGAUGGGAGCUGAAAUCCAGCAACAUCUGGAGGGUCACAGGUUCCCACUCCUGCUUUAAGUCAUGGUAAAGCCCAACUUUAGUCAAUCCUAUAUAUAUAUAACUACUCAGGAGUUAGUUCCACUGAGUUUGGUGGGGCUUAUGUCCAGGUAAACAUGUAAAGAAUUACAGUUUAAAGCUACAAUCCCAGGGCUUGUGAAGUUGGGGGUUCACUGUGUAACAUGUCAAAAGGUCGCUAUAAAAAUUGUCAACAGAGAGAAGCUCAGCGAGUCAGUGCUAAUGAAGGUGGAGCGGGAAAUAGCUAUCCUGAAGUUGAUAGAACACCCCCAUGUUUUAAAGCUGCACGAUGUUUAUGAAAAUAAAAAAUAUUUGUAUUUGGUGCUAGAACACGUGUCUGGUGGAGAGCUCUUCGACUAUCUUGUAAAGAAAGGAAGAUUAACGCCAAAAGAAGCCAGGAAGUUUUUCCGACAAAUCAUCUCUGCUUUAGACUUCUGUCAUAGUCAUUCAAUCUGCCACAGGGAUUUAAAACCAGAAAAUCUAUUGCUUGACGAAAAGAAUAACAUCCGGAUAGCAGACUUUGGAAUGGCAUCACUGCAAGUCGGUGACAGUUUGCUUGAAACAAGUUGUGGAUCACCACAUUAUGCCUGCCCAGAAGUAAUCCGGGGAGAGAAAUAUGAUGGGAGAAAAGCAGACGUCUGGAGCUGUGGAGUCAUUUUGUUUGCAUUGUUAGUGGGUGCCCUACCAUUCGAUGACGAUAACUUGCGGCAGCUGCUGGAGAAAGUGAAACGUGGUGUGUUCCAUAUGCCACAUUUCAUCCCUCCAGACUGUCAAAAUCUCUUGCGGGGGAUGAUUGAAGUGGAUGCCUCGAAACGACUCACACUAGAACACAUUCAGAAGCACAUCUGGUAUAUAGGGGGUAAGAAUGAGCCAGAACCAGAACAACCGAUUCCUCGAAAGGUGCAAAUUCGCUCUCUCCCUUCCUUGGAGGACAUUGAUCCUGAUGUUUUAGACAGCAUGCACUCAUUAGGUUGCUUCCGUGACAGAAAUAAACUCUUACAGGACCUGUUAUCAGAAGAAAAAAACCAAGAGAAAAUGAUUUAUUUUCUUCUUCUUGAUCGGAAAGAGAGAUAUCCUAGUCACGAGGAUGAGGACCUGCCUCCUAGAAAUGAAAUAGACCCUCCCAGAAAGCGUGUGGACUCUCCAAUGCUGAACAGACAUGGGAAGCGGAGACCAGAGAGGAAGUCAAUGGAGGUCCUGAGUGUGACAGAUGGAGGAUCCCCGGUUCCAGCUCGCAGAGCGAUUGAAAUGGCACAGCAUGGACAGAGUAAAACAAUGUUCAGUAAAAGCCUGGAUAUCUGUGAAGCCAAUCCCAAAUUCAACAAAGAAGAAAGGAUGACGAGUGCUGACACAUUGGGGUCUCGCUCAAUCAGUGGAGCUUCUUCUGGUCUCUCGACCAGCCCACUCAGCAGUCCCAGGGUCACCCCUCACCCCUCUCCAAGGGGCAGUCCCCUCCCUACCCCCAAGGGGACACCUGUCCACACGCCAAAGGAGAGCCCAGCAGGCACACCCAACCCUACGCCACCAUCCAGCCCCAGCAUUGGAGGAAUGCCCUGGAGAACACGGCUCAACUCGAUCAAGAACAGCUUCCUGGGAUCUCCUCGCUUCCAUCGCAGGAAAUUGCAAGUACCGACGCCAGAGGAGAUGUCCAAUUUAACUCCAGAAUCUUCCCCAGAGCUUGCCAAAAAAUCCUGGUUUGGUAAUUUUAUUAACCUAGAGAAAGAAGAACAGAUCUUCGUGGUAAUUAAGGACAAGCCACUAAGUUCUAUCAAGGCUGACAUAGUUCAUGCAUUCCUCUCGAUUCCCAGUCUCAGUCACAGUGUCAUCUCACAAACAAGCUUCCGUGCAGAGUACAAGUCCACAGGAGGUCCUGCUGUCUUUCAGAAGCCAGUGAAGUUCCAAGUGGACAUAACAUACACAGAAGGUGGGGAGGCCCAGAAAGAGAACGGGAUCUACUCAGUCACUUUCACACUUUUAUCAGGUCCAAGCCGUCGCUUUAAGAGGGUAGUAGAAACCAUUCAGGCUCAGUUGUUAAGCACACAUGACCAGCCUUCAGUGCAGCAGUUAUCAGACACCACUAACUGUAUGGAGUUGAUGACUGGCAGACUUUCCAAAUGUGGGUUGAGACCUGUGCCCUGUGCUGAUUGGAUGCCUCCUAUGAUGUCAUCAAAGGUUCUUCCUGUUGCUGGAGUAGUUUUGCACUUUUCUCUUUUUUUGAUAAAUGAGUGAGCAAACGCUUUAAUAUUAUAUGCAUCACUUUUCAAAAGAAGAAGCCACCAGAAGCAUAGGAGUUGAAGCAAGAGAUAGCUGAGCUAGUUGGCUGUAAUGCACAUCUGUUAUUUUAGUUGUGAGGCCAGGAACACUCCAUGGCAGAGAGGUGUGCUGUUAUCUUUUUUUCUAAUGCAUCAUUUUGCGAGUUUUGUGCUGUGAAUGUACGUCUGUUAAAUAUAAUGGAAGAAUAGUUAGUAUAACCAGGUCUUUUUACAUGAACUGAUGAUUCCAAAAUGGUUUCAGAGUUUGUUUAAUUGAAGCUGUUAUCCCAAAUCAAUAUCACCACUUCAAGGUAGUUUACAAAGAAAAUCUUACAGAUCAAUGAACUGCACCUCCUUGCCUACUGCUUCUGAGUUAUCUUGGUCACCUUGUGCUACCUGUGGCUGUAACCAAUUCAGCUACCUGAAGGCACUACAAGCCACAGUAUUCUUUAUAUUGGCAUAUAUCUUGAGAGUAUAUCUUGGUAUCUAGAUUCUGGAUGGCCUUUCCUUCAGUUUUAUGUAUGCUUUGAAUUAUCGUUUGAUUCUGUACGCAAAUGUGACAAUAAUGUCUGUUAAGUCAAUAUUACUUCAAGGUGACCAUAUAAACAAGACAAGAGUUGGAAGCCUUAUUUUUUUUAAAAAAGUUCAAUUAACAUUUGACAGGACUGUCAAUGGCUAUUACCUAAGACUUUCAGGACAAGGCGUCCUUAAUGUAUUCCUUGACCUUAAAUUACUGGAGUAAACAACAGAGGAUUUAUUAAUGCUUUCUACAAUGCAUUAGAAUUGAUCACUAUUGGAAAUAUGGUGCUAGCCUAAAUGGUCUGUAGCUAAUAAGGUUCUUAUAUUUACUAUGUGUUAAGCACCAUCAUUGUAUUGAGAGGGAAGAGGUGUCACAAUUGUACUGCUGUGUAGAAUCGACAGCAUUGAGGGUUUUUUUUAAAAAAAAAAUCCUCACAUUUUCCAUACUGUUCCUAUUUCUGGUUUUAAUUUCACAGUGGAAUCUCUGGGUCAGAUUUACAGGUGCUUGGCAGCUGGAUCCAACUUACAAAAAGGAAACAGUUAUAGAACUCAAAAUAACUUUCUCAGUAAUGACUUG